GUGAAAUGAUGUUAUUUAAUUACUCAUAUUUUACGUAGUCUACAUUAGCAUUUCAGUUUUUUUAUUUUCAAUGUGUGUUACCUGAUUUCGGUGAUUUUUUUUUCAAUUAACUGACUCGAAGGUGACCUUACGAGUACCUAAACGGAAACCAUGGAAAAUCAUAACCAUCCGAAGCGAGGUUAUUGCAGAGAUCUGCCUUACGAACCUUCUCAAUACGUGCCUCAUUUAUCACCUUUAAAUGCGGAUAAAUAUCAGGACACCAUAUACUUGGUUUCGAACAUAUCAUCUCCUUCGGUGAAAUAUCCCGUAAGGUACCCGAUUCCUUUCAACGAAUACCCAGAUAUGAUCUGCGAAUCGAUCAAUAGCCCGUUACAGUGCAGAAUGCCCGACUACUCGCUUUUAUCAGAGGGUCACGAUUACAGGAUAAUGAGUACUCCACCCAGCGGCGGUACGAAUUUAACGAUGCAUUUGACCGGAGGCGACCAUUCGCAUUUGAUGAAAAGAUCUCCGUCGGAAAUCCAGUCUCCGAUCAAUAUGGAAAAUCAAGAGGUCAAGAAAAUGUCUAUGAAACGGGAGAGGAAUAGAGUCGCUGCAGCAAAGUGUCGCAAAAAGAAGCUCGAAAAGAUCGCUCAGUUGGAGGAGAAGGCCAGAUUAUUGAGGGAGGAGAAUAACAAUUUGUUGGAAGCUUUUAAAAAACUGAAACAAGAAGUGGACCAAUUAGAACAGAAAUAUUCGCCUUACGUACCUUACGAUCCUUUUAGAGCGGGUAAACUGACCCCUUGUACGCCUACGUCGCAGAUGAGGGUUGAAAAAUGGGCUCAAGAACGAGAGGAAAUAUUCCGCAAGAGUACCGGUCGAUUAAAGGAAGAUAUUGUCACAGCGAAUUCCUUGGUACAAGAGGCCAAUUAUCUUGCCGAAGAAAUGGGCAAACAAGUCAAAUACAGUGUCACAUUGCAAAUCCCUCCGGCUAAUUUGAGCCCCAAUCGUAAACGUCGCACAUUCGUCAGCGAACCGGCCAUCUUGGUUAAACGUAAAGGAAACGGGAGUCAGGUUUGGUCGAUGGAGAAACUGGAAACGAAACUGGUCGAUAUGCGAGAAAUGUUCGACAAGUAGGCCAACUAGCGAGGGGUUUGUUAUUCUCACAUACAGCAACCUUAUCGCAUAUCAAUGCUCAAACUCGUUCCUUUUUUCCAAACAAACAUCAAUCCAAAAUUCCAAAUGCAAAAUCGUAUCAUCAAUCAAUGGAUAAACUUAUGGAAUGUUUUUGGAAUGAAAUAGAGAUGAGAGGAAACUUUCAACGGAAACUUUCUUGAAAUUUUUCCGGAAACUUUCAAAUUUUUAAAUUUCCAUUUUCGUGGAAAUUUAUGAAAUUUAUAAAUUUUUACCAAAACACUCACCAAAGUUCAGCAUUUUCAUUCAUAAUAAGGAAAUGCUUGUAAACAGUAAACAAACACCACUAGAUUAUGACAUUUAAAACAAUAAAAUAUGUUUUUCUUGGUUUUUUAAAAAAAUUUUUGAAUGAAAUUUUCGAAAUACGCGUAUAUACAUGACUUGGUAUCAUUUUUUCAACAGGUGUAACAAUAACAAACCUGAGAAUGAACCAUUUUGAGACAAUUUCUUGAAAUUUAAAAAAAUACUGCACAUUUUUUCAAAAAUAAAUACCUAUAAGUAAUUAGUUCUCUUCUUCAAGAAGUUCAAGGACUCUUCAGAUCCAUUUCCAUUCAGACGAAGUUCAGAAUUUGAAAAAUGAGAAAUUCAUUAAUACUUUUGUUUUUUAAGCAUGCAUAUGCAUUGUCAAUGAUUCAAGAAUCAUUUUUUUAAAAUAAAAAUUAUUUCCCCAAAAAUUUUCUGGUUGAUUUUAAUUCCAGUUCCAGUUACUUACAGUUGAAAAUUAAAUUUUGGUUCACAU